AUGGCGAGCAGGAAGUCUCUUCAAGGCGACGACUGUGACAGCUCUCCCGCGGGCGGCGACCAGCCAGACACAAAGGAGGACGAACCUCGCGAGGGACUCUCCUCGACAGGCGAUUACGAGAGAGAAAAAGCGGAGCAAAAUGCGGCGAGCGGAGACGAAGACGGGGCAAGAGCGCGCGAGCCAGACUCCGAAGAGGAGGCACACGAGGCGGGAGAUCAGCCGGGCGGCCGCAGCGGCGGCGACGCCAUUCACGCGCCGGAGGAAGCGCCGCGCGACGGUGAAGGAGGCGGUGAAGACCAGGUUUCCGCAGAGGAAGCACAUGCAUGCGACGCCCACACAGAGCAGCUAGAGGGGUCAGAAGACGACGGCGAUGAGGGAAAACGCGAGUUGGGGGCAAGCGAGAAGAAGAAAGAGCCGGAAGGGCUGUGUCGCGACGAGGAUGUCGCAGACGCCGAAGAUGACGCAGACCGAAGAGGACAGGGCGCGACAGCGGCGGAGGCAGACUCUGGCCUGUGUGGUCGCGAGAAGAAGGGCUUCGAGCCGGGUGGGGAUCCUGUCUCCGCUCCCUUUCCUUCGUCCCCUGCGGCGGUUGCGGAUUCGAGCGCGGUCGGCUCGCCGGCUGCGGCCGAUCUCUCUUCUUCCUCGUCUUUCGGUUCGUCUUCUUCAACCGCUCGCGCCUCACCCCCUUCGUCUGCGCCUCCUUCGCCCUCGUAUGCUGGCUGCGCUUCUUCCGCCGACACGCCGCAGUUCUCGGCUGCGGAGAUCUACGUAGUGCCGUCGCCGGCGCUCGCGGCCUUUCUGCGCCGCACCCUGGCGAAGCUGGAGAAGACCGCGGGGAGUUCGCGGCGGUCGCGGGCGCUGAAGGAGGCCUGCAGCGCAGCCUUCGAGGCCCUCGAGGUGCUCAUCGCGCGCCGCCAGCGCCGCAAGCAGCGCGAAGUCGAGCUCGACGUACGGCUCCCCGAGAGCUUGGCGCCCGUCUGCCAGGCGCGGGAGAGAUCCGCGGCCGCGAUCCAAAUCGCCGCCGGGGAUACAGAAGCGAGAAAGGAGGAAGCGUCAGCGGGGCAGGCAACUCCGGGCGCCGAGAAGGAACGAGGAGGCGCUGAAGAAGACGGUGAGGAGGGCGCGGCCGCCGCAGACGGCAAUCCCGAUGCGGCUGGGCGAGCUGCGCCGGGUGAGGCGCCGCCGCAGACGACAGACGGCGAGGCCGCAGAGGACGCGGAGAGGGCGUCGAAGGAGAAGGGCGAGGGCGAUGAAGAGCGCGGAGAGCGGAAGAGCUCGCCGCGGUCGGUGUCUUCGUUCUUCGCCUUCUCACUUGGCUUGGGGUGCACGGGCUCCAGCCUCCGGGGAGGCGGCAGCGGCAGGAAGGAGAGGGAGGAGAAGAAGAAAGAGGCGUCUCUUGAGGCCGAGGCUCCUCUUGACGAGAAGGAGGAGGAAGCGCGCGACAUCAAGCGGCUCUUCGAGCCGUUUCGUCUCGCAUGUGACUCCUCAAACCCGAAGCUGCAGCUUCCCGCGCUGGACGGAGUGCAUCGCCUGCUUGUCUCCGGGCUGCUGACGCCGUUUCUGUCCCAGUCGCCUUCGGCGCCGCCGUCGCGGCAGGCCUCUCUCUGUCUCGCGGCGGCUGCGGACCCAGCGGGCGACGCCGCGAAGGCCGUGGCGGAGGAGCGUCUCCUGAGCUCCUCCUCGGAGACGCUGCCGUCGCUGGCGCCUCCGCUGCGCCCCGAGAUGCCGACCUCGUCUUCGCUGUUUCCCUUCUCCGCGAGCGGCGGCAAGCCCCUGCCCGCGGCUGAGGCCUGUGAAGGUGUGACCUCCCCCCCCCCCUCCUCGCACGGCUUCUUCCGCAGAAGCUCCAAGAAGAAGGCCGAGCCAGUCCUCGCGGCGGCGCCCCCCUCGUCGGUGCCCGAGCCCGGAGCCGCACUGCCGCUCCUUACGCAGGUCGUGGCUGCCGUGUGCGGCUGCAGCACAAGCGGCGACGAGGCCGUGGUGCUGCAGGUCAUGCGCUGCCUGCUCUCCACGAUGACCUCGCCCUCGCUGGAGAUCCACGGCGGCGUCCUGCUGACCUGCCUGCGCACGCUCUUCGAGAUCUUUCAGAGCCCGUCCUGCAGCAAAGAGAACCAGCGAACCGCGCAGGCUGCGCUGCUGCAGACUGUGCAGACUGUGGUGCAGCGCUACGAGUUCGCCGCAUGCGCAGGGCUCGCCGCGCCCCUCGGGCUCGCGGACCCGCAGGUGGGCGGGGACGAGACCUCGGAGGAGACUCGCCAGCAACCGCCUGAGGCUCCAAGCGGACGCGCCCGAGACCGCGCGGACGGGGGGGAGGAGGGCGCCGCCGCGCCGCACCGAGAAGAGGCGCCGCACCGAGAAGAGGCGCCACAGCAACGAGGUGCCACGGGAGAAGCGGAUGAGACGAACGCAGACUCCGUCUCAGUGGCGAGCGGUGACGAGACAGGAGGCGCAGCUCGGGGAAGAGUCGGCGUGUGUGUGGUUUGCGGCAGGCCCGCGAGGCACUACUGCCAGCAGAGCGGCGCCGCCGUCUGCAGGAAGGCCUGCAAGGUGGAAAACCUGCGGCGCCGCCAAAAAGGCGCAGACGCAGCCGACGCUGCCCAGGGCAGCGCAGGUCAAUUCGACUGCCCCGGCAACAACGCACCCUGCUCUGCUGCGGCAUCUAUCUCGCGCGACUUCGCAGCGGCCUCUGCUUCCUCCUUUUCUUCGUCUGCUUUGAGGCCCCGCGUGGCGGCGCUCUCCGUGGAGCAGCGGGACGUGCUGCUGGUGCUGCAGGCGCUCUGCCGCCUUGCCAGCGCCGAGGAGUUCUCCACGGCGUCGUUUGCCUCGUUUCCUCCCGAGGGCGAGGGGAAGCGCAGCAGCGGCCUCGGCGCGUGGACAAGCUUCGUCGCUGGAGGCGGCCUCGGCUUGGCGGCAGGCGACGCCGAACGCGGCAGCCCCGAGGAGAAACGCAAGGUGGCGACGACCAAACUCGCUCUCGAGCUGACCGACAGCAUGCUUCGCGCGAGCGGCGAGUGCUUCCGCGGGAGCAAGCUCUUCUUGACCUACGUCCAGCGCCAGCUGUUUUUCGCGCUAACGAAGAACGUGGCGAUUCCAGCGUUCACUCCCGUCGUGUUGCAGAUCUUUCUGGGCCUCGUCCAACAUCAUCAUGCGCAGUUGGAGCACGAGACAGCGUUCUUCGUCUCCGAGGUGCUGCUGCGGCUCGUCGCUUCGCCCUGCCUGCCGCUGGAGCAGCGCGAGGCAGUUCUCUCCUCGCUGCGACUCUUCCUCUCAGCAGUCCCUGUUUCGCUGCUUCUCUCCCUUUUUCUCAAUUUCGACUGCUCCGUCAACCAGAAAGACGUCGUGCUGCCUCUGCUGCAGACUCUCUGCGAGCUGGUCAAAAACGACAAGCUCCUCGACUGUUCAAGCAGCGCGCCGAGUUCGCGGCACAUGCGGAUGCGGCGAGAGGCUCUGCGCAGCGUGGAGACGCUGCUGUCUCGGCUGUAUGCGUGGGUAAGCAUGCUCGACAGGAAGCAGACUUCGCUUGCGCGCCGGCAGUUCCUCUCGCGGGCGAAGGCACGACGCGGACGCGAGGACGCUGUCCUGCCCUCGUCGCCCUCCGGUGACGCCGCGUGGCGCGCCGCUGCGGCCGAGAGGGGAGAGGCGCGCGAAAAGAGUUCGUCGCAGCCUGAGGAGGCGCCCGACGGCGGCGCCGACUCUGAGGCCUCUCGGACAUGUCGCAGAGAGGGAGGGCAGGUCGAUAUGCCAGAGGAAGCGGGGGCGGCGGGCGGCGGCGCGCUGGAGACGAGGGGCGAAAGGUGGGGGGAAGGGAGGGGUUUGGAAGGCGUCGAGUCUUCCUCAGAUGGCAGCAGCGCUUUGUCGUCUCAGUCAGAGUCGCUCUCGACGUCGCGACCUCUCAGCGAGCGUGAGGAGGCGGAGGAGGCGAACAGCGCAGGAUCUUUCCCCUCCUUCUCGUCGUCGCAUCUGGGCCUUUUGCACUCGGCAGUGGGACUUCCCUCGCGGCUGGAUCACGUCGUGCGGCAGCGAGAGCGGAAGAAUCAGGUGCGUCGCGGGAUUUCGCUUUUCAACAAGGACGCGGAGAGGGGGCUGGAGUUCCUGAUUGCGCUGCGGCACGUGGAGCGGCAGCCGCACAGCAUCGCGCGCUUCCUCCUCUCGCAGGAGGGUCUCAGCAAGACGCGGAUCGGCGACUACUUGGGCCUCGACCGCGAGCUGAACAAGAAGGUGCUGCAUGCGCUGGUGGACUCGCUGGACUUUCGCGGGAAGGAGAUCGACGUGGCGCUCAAGACGUUUCUGCAGCUCUUUCGACUUCCAGGCGAGGCGCAGAAAAUCGACCGCAUGAUGGAGAAGUUUGCAGAGAAGUUCUACCUCGACAACGCGCCCGCUGCUUCGUCGGCGCCCGCGCGGACACCCUCCGCGGCGUCGCUCCAGCGACUCUGCGGCGCGAGCGCCUUCUCGGCUUCGCUGCGGAGGCGCGAGGCCAUCGCGGAGAAGAAUGCGCGGCUCUACGCGUCCGCGGACUGCUGCUACGUGCUUGCCUUCUCACUCAUCAUGCUGCACACGGACGCGCACAGCCGCGAGAUCAAGGAGGAGCAGCGCAUGUCGAAGAGCGACUUUGUGAGGAACAACCGCGGAAUCAACAACGGCCGAGACGUCGACGCAGCCUACCUCGAGACGCUCUACGACCGCAUCGUUCAGGAGGAGUGGCGUCUCGAGGACGACGACGUGGCACACGUCCUCCAGGAGAGCGCCGCGCGCCCCCCGAAGCCGCCGCGCCGAAAACGCGCGCGCGGCGGCUCCAAAGCGGGCGAGCGGAAGGCGGCGGAGAAGGCGAGAGAGCCCGCCCGGCGCCGCAGCGCAGACGACGCGGUCGAGCAUCCCUCGGAGGAAGAGAACGACGACGACGAAGCCAACGCCCUCCUCGCGGCGGCCUGCCAUCAUCCGCGCACGGCCUACGGCGCGCAUGCGACCCACGGCCUUUUUUGCUCGGCGCCCGCGGACUGCGAGGCCGAGAAGGAGAAACCCGACGGCUCCGAUGCGGCUGGCGCGCCUCUCGACUCCCCGUGGAGCGCGCCGGGCUUCGAGGAGGGCAUCGGAAUCGCGGCCGCCGCCUCCGGCGAGUCUUCGCUGCUCGAGGGUCUCGACUUUGGCGCUUUCGCCGCGCAGGCGAGGCAAGAAAACGGAGGCGCACCCCCGACGAGGAAGCGCGUGUUCGCCUCGCCCAGCGUGCAGCUCCCCGCGCCCGUGACAGACGCGAAGGCGUUCGCGAAGAAAGCCUGUCAAACGCUGCUGUCGCGCGUCGCCGCGACUGCAGGGACUCGCCGCGCCUGGCGCGGCAGCGGGCCAGCCUGCAACCCCUUCGCGCCGAGCGCCAGAGCCUCGCACGCCGGCUCUGCGCCCUCGCCCUCGAUUUCUCCGUCCCCUUCGCCGGGCUGGUAUGAGGCCGCGGCCUCCGCCUCGCAGGCGUCCUCGGGCGCGGCCUCGCUGCCAGGGGGCUCUGGCGCGCUGGCGGCGUCGCGCGCCGCAUCGGCGCCGUUGACGCUCUCUUCUGCGCUGUCCUCUUCGUUCGAGCUGCUGGCGUGUGCGCCGUACCUGCUGCAGCUCGCGGCUUGGCCGCUUCUGCGGUGCUUCGUAGAGGUGCUCAGCCGCGAGAGGCCCGCGCCAGCGGGCGAGUGCGAGGAGGAAGUCUGGGUCGCCGCGGUCGCGGGGCUGGAGGCGGCGUUGUGGCUGUUUAUGCGCUUCCGCCUCGCUGCUCAGCGCAACGCGUUUGUCGCGGCGCUGAGCACCCUCUCGGGUCUCCACAGCGCCAAGACGCGGGCGAUGGCGCAGAAGAACGUCGCGCUCGUUCGCUUGCUCCUCGCGCUCGGCCUCGAGAGCGGCGAAACUCUCGAGGAGGCCUGGCUGCCGCUGCUCCACGCGGUGAGCCGCAUCGAGUUCCUCCACGUCGUCGCCUACGAAGUUCUUCAAAAGGCGCGAGAAAAACUGCAUGGGCAACUGCCUCCAGCGUCCGCCGCAGCACUCCCCGCCGCGACGCCUCGCGGUGGCAAACCCCAAGCGCCUGGGGGAGCCGCGCCGCGCAAGGCGACCGGCGCGAAGGCUCUAGCGGAUGGAGCCCCGGGGGCGGAGCCAGGCUUUGCGCCCGCACCCCCUUCGGAGCGACGCCGCGAAGUCCCAGACGCCGCGGGAGAUGCGGAGGAGGAUGCGCCGGAAGGAGGCGGCGACGCGGAGGGCGGCGCUGCAGACGCGCGGCGAGAGGAGGCGGUUGAGACGCCGGGACGCGCGGACGCGGACGGACAGGCCUCGAACUCGCCGCCGUCCUGCCCCCUCGAGGCGCCCAGGGGAGCUCCCACAUCGACUCCGCGUUCGUCUCGCCCUCGAGCCGGAGCCGCGGCGCGCGCGUCCUCGGCGGAGGCGAUCCUCGCAUCGGCUGUGCCCGCGCCUGCGGAUGCGCCGGCGGAGGCCUCUGCGGGGGAGGCUCCGAGUUUGCUGUCGAAGGAAGAUCGCAAGAGGCUGUCUUCGUCGGUGUCGGCCUCUACGAACGCGCAGGCGUCGUUUGCAGGGUUUGGCCUCCUGGGCGUCGGCGAGCGCGGCGGCGCGUUGCGUGCGGUGUGGCGCGCGGAGGAGUGCCAGGAGGAAAAGAGCUGCCGCGAGGAGUUUCCGUUUUCCACCUCUUCCGCAGUGCGCGGCAAAAAGUUCUGUCCGAGUGCCGCGGUCGCGGUCGUGGGGCCUCUGGCCUCGUCUUCCGCCGCGUCCACGCACAACCCCUACGGGGCCUUUUCGUCUUUCUCGCCCUUUGGCUCCUCGGCGCCGGCUGCGCUCGGCGUCUGGCUGUCUCCGCGGGAGGGCGACGGCGCCGUGUGGGUGUCUUUCGCGUCGCUGGGGGCGGUGCCGCAGGCCUCGUCGGAGGUGUGCAUGGAGAACGCGCUCCUGGUGUGGCGGGAGAUCGACGCGAGUCUGCUGGACCUGCUUUUCACGCAGAGUCGCGCGCUGUCUAGCGCCGCCGUCAUCUUCUUCGUCCGCGCCCUCUGCCUCGUCUCUAACCACGAGCUGCAUCCGCCGCGCCCGGCCUCAGCACAGACAGGCCAGCGCGAAAAACAAUCGACUUUCAGCCCCUUCCCCGCCGCGCUCGCCGCGCCGUUUGCCUUCGGCGCCAAGCCCGCAGCGCAGAGCGCUGCGGGCGGGGGCGCCGCGGAGGAGAAGACCGCCGGGGGGGGAGGGGAGAAAGGCGCGAGACUCGAGCCCGCUGCGCGGCUAUUCAGCCUGCAGAAGCUCGUGGAAGUCGCGCACUUCAACAUGGACAGGCUGCGCUUCGUCUGGAACCGCAUCUGGAUGAUUCUCCGCGCCCACUUUGCCGAGGCAUGCCUGCAUCCCUCGCUCUCCGUGCGCCUCUUCGCGAUCGACUCGCUGCGUCAACUCACGAUGAAGUUCUUAGAAAAAGACGAACUCGCGCAGUUCACGUUCCAGUCCGAGUUCCUUAAACCCUUCCUGACUGUGAUGACGCAUCGAGAGUCGGAGGAGGAAGUGAAGGACUUCCUGAUGCACAUUCUCUUCAACUUGGUGCGGUCGCAAGCCUCGAACAUUCGCUCCGGUUGGAAGACCGUGCUGCAGACUGUGCAUGCCUCGGCGCUGGAGACUUCCUCUUUCCUUCAAAGCGUCUCGCUGCAGACGCCGGCGGCCGGCGCGUCGCCCGUGGCCCCGCCCGAAGGCGAGCCCAAGGCGCUGGCGAUGCGGCGCCGCCUGCGACUCUCCUUCCAGGUCUUGGAGCACAUUCUCGCGCAUAGCCUCUGCAUGCUUACCGGCGGGAGCCUCGACGAGGCCGUCCGCUGCCUGCUUCUUUUCGCGGGAAAUGCGCUUGACGAAGCGGUUGCCUUGAAGGCGAUCUGCUACCUGGAGCUCGCGGCGCUUUGUCUGAUUGAGGGCACUGACGGCGCGGAGUUCCCCGGCGCCGCGCUGCUGGCCUCCCUGCCGAGCGACGACUUGUCUCCAAGCGCCGUCUUCACCUCGCUGCUGGAGCUUCACCGCGCGUUGCGGAAAGGUAGAAAGCAUCGCGAAGAGACGCGACUCUCAACGAAAGCGGUCGAAUGCGAGGGGGAGGGCGGCGGCGGACUCGACGACGGCACAAGCGCGGGACGCACGUCCGAACCGAGCCGCGGCCGAGAGGCGGAAGGAAAAGACGGCGCCGAGAGGGAAGCGGCAACUGAGGAGAGCGGAGGCGCCCGCAAAGAAGGAGCGAGUGAAGAUUCGAUAACACCUGUGGCGAGACUGCCUAGCAACAACGCCACGUUCUUCCUCUGCUUCCCCAUUCUCACGGCGCUUGCGCAUCUCUCCUGCUCGCCUCACCCGUGUUCCACCUCUUCUUCCACUUCUUCCUCCUCCUUUUCCUCUUCCUCCUCUUCUGCGUCUGCAGGUCAGCGGAUGAGUUCGGUGCGCGACGGGCGCAGCGCCACGCCGGCGCUCGACGCGCUGUUUCGCCUGCUGCUCACCUACGGCGCGCAGUUUCAGCCUCUUUUCCGCUUCUUCGUGAAAGCUGCGGAAGCAAGGCGCUCAGGGCGUGAGCAGUCGGCGCCCGUUGUCGCAUGCGAAGGCAGCGGAGUACUGCCAGGAACAGGCGGUGCGCAAGAGCGCAGAAAGGGCGAAGGCCGCGACCCAGAAGAGGAGGGAGGAGGCUCGGAUCUCAGGGGAGAGCAAAUGGCGGCCGAGAGGCGCAGAGGAAGUCGAGAGUCUCAGGCGAGCGAGGCCUCGGAAGAGAACCCUGCGCGGACUGCAGCUUGCGGUUUCGCGGGGCUCCUAGACGACGACCUUCGCAGAAGCGUGGAUCACCGCAGGCGAGAGCAGCCCUCAGUCGAAGGAGAGGCGAGCGCGGCCAGCGAGCGCCUCGAGACGCGUCCGCGUGGUGUUCAGUUUGUUUGUGAGGCGCGCCGAGAGUCGCAGAGAUGCGUCUCGUCGGAGGAAGUCGAUUCUCGGUGGAAGAUGAUUUUCCACGGGAUUCUGUUUCCGCUGCUAGACGACCUUUUCUUGCUCCUUCAUCUGCAGCACCAAGCACACAAGUCUGGCGCGUCGGUCGCGUCGUCGCCCUUGCGACUGCCCUUCUCCUCGCGGCUCUCGUGUUCGCUCUCCACGGCAUUCGUCACUCCCUCCCUGGUCGCGCCUUCGCCGGCGCAUUUUUCAGAAGCCGAAGACAGAGAACGAGACGGCGCGACCUUUCUCGCGCCGGGGUUCGCUCUAGAGCGGCACUCGCGGCUCUCCGUCAUCCGCGACACGCUCGCCUCUCCCUCGCGCGUAGCCUCGCCCGCCGCCUCGGUGGCCCCGCCACCCUCCCCGAUGCCGCCGAGCGACGACUUCGACCUCGCGGGUGGAGAGAAAGGCUCGGAGAAGCGCCGCAGCAGCGCCAGCGGGGGAGACGCCGCGGCCGCUGGCGCGCAGGCGAAGACGCGGGGAGCCGACGGCGAUCAGGGACUCGCGGCGGCGGGAAAGAAGUCUCCCCGCGGCGAGGAGCGUGCCUCGUCGGGGAGGCAGAGCCAAGGGGGGCAGCACGCGCGUCUGCUGAUUUGGGCGGAGACGACCUGUCGCGCAGCGCUGCGGCAACUGGUGAUGCUAGUCGACGCGCACCUCGCGGAGUUGCAGGCGCAUCUGGGGAAGAUCCUCUCGCUCAUUUUUGCGACGAUUGAGGACGGGAACGCACUCGAGAGCCUCGCGCGGCUUGGCGUCGAGGCCUUCGGCGAGCUCCUCUUCGCGCUCGGAAAGCGAACGCGGAGUCGAGCGGCGAGUCCGGGCGCCUGCGAGGCAGGAGGACGCGCUGGACAAGCAAUGGCGGGGGAGGCGAGUGACGAACCUGCACCAGCGCGCGACGGAGACCAGACACGCGAAGCAGAAGACAGAAGAGAAGACGAAGGAGAUGGCGACCUCGCGAAACACGAAGACCUGGAUCUCACUGCCUGCUUGCGCACCGUGGCUGAGUUGACCUUGGCGCUCCUUCAGCGGACGACGCCAACCGAGCUGCUCAGGGAGAGUCUCCGCGUCUCGCCCAGCGACUUCCACGUCCACUACGGCACGUUCUUCGCGCCAGUCUGCGCGUCGGCGGAGACGCCUCUAGAAGCCGGAACUGAUCGUUUUUCGCCCAACAGACCCGACGAGGCGUUUCCGCCUGCGCAGCGGGACGCGGUCGUGCAGGUCCUCAGGCCGCAUCUCGCCUUCGACCUCUCUUCGCUCAGCUCUCUCUCUCCCUCCGCGCCGCCGCUGGAAGGGUUUAGCGCGGCGGAGGAGGGAGGCGAGGAGGCGGAGACACUCGCGCGGAUCGCCGACGCAGAGGCUGGGCACGCGAGCAACGGCGACGCACCCGCCGAGAGAGAGAGCGUUAGCCACUGCUCGCAGUCGACCGCCUGCCCCCGCGCAACACCAGGCUCGCAGGCGCUGCCGUUCGACCCGAAUCGCGUCGUCACACGCUGCCUUGUUCAGCUUCUCCUUAUCGACACGCUUCAGGAUGUGCUCACGCCCCUCGCGCCGUUCCUGCCUGCGCCGGUCCUUGCGAUCUUCCUCUGCGGGCUCGAAUCUUCCUUCUUGUUUGCUGCAUUCUUCAACCGACAGGUCGCCCUGCGCCAGAGUCUCCAGCAGCGCGGCUUCAUGAGUGGGAUGCGCCAGCUGCCUGGCCUACACAAGCAAUGUCGCGAGGGCCUCUCCGCCUCGCUUUCAGUCCUCUCUGCGGUCAUCUCCGUCUCCCCUUCUCUCUCUCCCGCCGCCUCCGCGGCGAGCGGGAGGGCGCAGAAUCGCCCGAUGUGCGUGGAGGAGGCGGCAGACCGACUCCUGCGCCUGGCUCGCUGGAUGGCGUUUGCGUUUCUGUCGAGAGAAAAGCUUGUCAGGGAUCUUCUGCAAGAAAAGCAAGAGCGCGACGCGCAGGAGGGGCAUUCCGCGGGCUUCCCGCGCGCCGGCGAAGCGCCGAUAUCAGCAGGCUGGGCUCAACCCUCGAAGCAAGAGACGCUGAAAUCCCUGCAGCGGACGGAAGCAGAGAGAGAGUUGAGUGGCUUCACGCCGCUUAUUGCUGGCAAGAUGAUGGCGGCGCUGUCGUGCAUUCCACAGGAAACGAUAUCCCGCUAUUCGGAACCUGUUUUCUCUCUCCUAGUGGAGCUGGUUGCGGCGGAAUCCACUGAGGUUCGCAAGGCCGUCCGCGGCUUCUUCGCGACGCGUUUCGCCUCGGCGAUUCAUUUGUCUUUUCGUCCACUGAUGCCUCCGCAGCCUGCGUGCGUCGCGGCAUCUUCGCGCUCGUCAUCUGUGUCUUCUUCUUCAUCAGCGGCAGGGGCCGCUCGGCUCGCGAUCGGUGUCCCAUCGGCGGAGAAGAGAGAAAAAAACUAA